UGCAAGCAGCACUACGUGGGUUAUGCUCCACUAUCCCCUCGCUAACUCUCGAAACUUGCGCGUUAAAGCGGGAGAACAACCAGACGGCAGGUCACAUGACGUACAUGUCCAUAUAACCUUGGGGUUCUAGCAGCGCGGCCUUUAUGUAAGUCGGUCGAUGCAUAUCCUUGCAUUUUUCGACCUGUUAAAAACGAAAAAGCCCGCCUUCUACAGCAAACAAUCAAAGAGCGUAUUCUGCCUUUCCGAAGAAGAAGAGAAGAAAAAUACUCAGAAGUAGGUUUCCUGUGCUAAAUAAUUGUAUGGGAGAUGGAUCAAAAACUAGCCAAGUACUUCAAUUUACUGAAAGAAGAAUCCGAGGCUACGCGACGAGGCGCCUCUGCGGAGGUUAUAGAUAUUAUAGAAGAUAUUUCGACGCUUACUUCAGGUUUAGUUGACGAAGGAGAUAUAUCGUUUGUAGUUGCAGCUGUGUUUGAUGAAGACUCAGGGAUUUUAAGCGCAGUGGAAACUCUGCUCCCAUCCCGGGACAGGGUUGCUGUUAAAGCUAAAGAUAAUUGCUUUACAUUUCUUGCGCAAUUCAUAAGCCGCUUCGGCAAGCGCACUUUAACUUAUGCGCCCUUCGUCAAGGCUAAAUGCAUGGGUAUUUUCAGAAGAGAAGAUUCAAGGUCAGUACAGGCUGCGGCAUUGUCUCCAUUGCUCUCAAUUUUGGAAUUAAGCAUGCAGGAGAGUAUACCUCUGGAUAUUUCGCUGGAUUGGACAUGGGCGGAGUCAUUGUUAGUAGAGUAUAGGAAAGCAAGGACAGCUGGCACAUUGAGGUCAAAUAUUUUGAUGCUAAUUGGCUAUGCAGUUGAAAAGUUUCCUGCCUUGUUUCGAGAAGAACAUUUGGACAUCAUUGUGAAGUUAUGCCUUGAUACUUUAGAAGAGGAGCUUCAUCGGACAGGAAAUAAUCCAGUUUAUGUCCUGGUUACAGGCGCUGUCAAGUGUUUGGAUUCAUUACUCCUUUGGUUUGACAGGACAAUGCCUGCAGGAGGAUCUGUAGAAAACUCGAGGAAAAUAUAUGCUUAUGUUGAGCAGGUGAUACAUUUUCGAGAAGACUUGAAACGCUAUGAGAUGGUAAAAGCUGGCCUGAGGCUUUUAUCACGACAUGCAAAUCUAUUUCGUUUGCGUCUCUUGGAGAACUCUAUGGUCAUUCUCAAAUGGCUGCAGUCAUAUUGCAAACAUGGCAAUCGGCAGCUGAGAGAUGCUGCAUUUCCAGCAUUUGAGCAGUUUAUCUCAGAAAUAGUAAGUUGUAUCACCUCUGAUGAUCAGCGGGCGAAAAAUUCACAUCAAACUUACAAGAGAAUCUUUUCAGACGCCUUGGGAGUUUUGGAUUCCCCUGGAAGUGAUCCACAACUGACUUCAUUAGCAAUUCUUACGGUGGGCAAGUUGUCUCCUUUAAUAGUGAAGUUUUCCGGCAAGGGAAGUCUUCUACAAACAUUUUACCGACUUGUUCCUUUUGGUGGAAGUCCACACAGAGACACUAAUGGGAGAGAGGAGUCUUCAAAAUUCUCGGUGACACUUGUUGGUGCAUUUGCAGGCAUGGUUGUGUACCUUGACGACAUAGAAAAUUACACGGUCUCUCUUAUAGCAAAGGCUGUUGGUAAUGCUUUCCAUGGAUUCCCUUACAUGUUUUCAAAGCAAAGAUAUGUGUUAUAUGCAAGUCUUCAUCGGCUCUUCAAGGCACUUUAUUCACGUGAUGCAGUGUUCACUGUAUUCCUAAACAAUAUAGUAUGGUCAUCUCUAGAAAGGGCAAUGGGACACGAUGAUGAAAGGGAGUUGGGGGAACCGCUGUGGAAGCAUUAUGUGGAGCUUUGGUCCCAACUGUUAGUUUUCUGCUCCACUGCUAGAAAGGGGCAUGAAAAUAAUCACAUUGACACCGACAAUAGCCCUUUUUCUGAAAGUUCUGAAACUAGCUAUGGGAACAUAAAAGAUGCAGAUUUGCAGGCAUCUAUUUUUGAUUGUUUACUAAAAUCUAUCAUGAAGGCAAUGAUAGAACUUAAUUUGAAAUAUAGAGUGAAAAGUUUGCAAGUCCAUGAACUGGGUAAUUCAGCCAGGGAACAAGAUCUGACAGCUGAUGCAUCGGGAAACGAAGCUGAAGGAGAGUUCAUUGAGCCAUUAGAUCCUUUAGAAAUGAGGAAAUUUCUGAAUUUGGUAGAAUUUGUCCAAGAAUUAUUAUCCCGCAAUUUUAUUAAUCUGUUCUUGAAAUGGGUUUAUCCUUUUGGACGGUUCCUAGUUGAGCUUUCAAGUCGGUAUCCUCUUAUUAGUGGCUUUUAUAAACUUCUUGCCAUUUGUAUACAUAAAGCUGAAGAGAGAGCAUAUUUUGGAAAUUUGGAGUCCCUGCCAAUCACAAAAAUAACUCACAAUGAAAAUGAGAUUGAAAAUCCACCUGCAGAAAACUCUUUGGUUGGGCAAUUAGUGUCACAACAAGAUCGAGAUCUUUGCAAAAAUUUAUUUCGUAAAUAUUUACAAGAGGUGCUUGUGGCUAGUAGGAGGUAUAAGCUUGAACUGUUUGCUUCAUGCUUGCGCCUUUGCUUGUCUGCUCCUCCUCCUGUCAUGGACAUUGAAUUCCUUGUGGCACCAACUAUCAGUGCCCUGAAAAUUGGACUAAGAUAUCCUUGCCUUUUUGUUUGCAAUAGCGUAAUCUUUUAAUGUGGAUUUUUCAGUAGUAUGUUUUUAUCUUUAUAUUUGUUUGUCUGUGAUUUUCUGAACGAGUAAUGAUCCUCUAUGGGUAAAUUAUGCUUAGUCCUAUAGAGUCUACUAGCCAAUCCAAUAUGCAUCUUUUAAUCAAAAGUGUUCUUUUUUUAUUCCUUGUACUGAUGCCAUGUCUUUGGAUUUCUUAUUUAUCUCUAAGCAAGCAUAAAGAGCCUGUGUUUCUUUUCUAGUAUUUAUUUCUACCAUAUUGAAUUUUCAGGCUGAAAACUUAUUGACAAUGCUUUAUGCUUAUAGUUAGUAUUUUCCUUCUCUACAAAUGAUCUUGUUUGGAAAUUUGAAAGUAUCACAUUGAGUCGUUUAUGUUUUAAGGUUUUAGAUGAAACAAAAAACAAAGUAAAAAAAUAAAAAAUCCUAGAAGAAUGAUAAUAUUUUUUAUGCUAAGAAAUCCUAAUUGUCAUUAUCUAUAAUUAGGUUUGUAUUUGAAGUCCUUGGUGCUUUUAGGUGGAGGCUAGCUUUGACAUUCCACAGUCUUGUGUUCCUUGAAAAUAUGCGGGCUCAAGCUUGAGAUUCAAAAACUCUUAGGUGCUUAUUUGAUGGGUUGUGACUGCUCCAAUGUCGAGUGAUUCCUUCAAAGGUUGUGUUGAGUGAAGUUUUGUAUAUAGUUAGCAGAAUUUAUUGCUGCAACCUAGUUCUUGGAACCAAAGUGAUAGGAGAGUGGUUUGGAUAUGGGCUUGAUAUGGAUGAUUUGACCUUGAGAGGGCAUGAGAUCAUUAAAAUAAUUAGCUUGGAUGAUUGGAUUUUGAUUUAGGUGGAUAUAUGUUGGGUCGUGCUUUGGAGCAAGCUUUUGACAUAUCUCAAUUUGCUUGGAUGACAUGAGGGAGGAGUGGUGUUUUGGUUUUGCAGUGUUGAUUAAUGCAUGGAUAGACUCUUUGAAUUUCACACAGGGGUUAGGGAUCCAUAAAAAAAUUAGGCACUUGUUUUCCCUCAUAGGUAGACUUGUAUGAAUGAUGGCAUUAGCAGGGUAUUCAAUGUUCUUGAUGGGCUUGGGAUUGCUAUAUGGUGGUUUGUUAUAGUGGUAUCAAAGCUGGUGGUCUUGCUAGCUUGUGGUUUUUAGAGAUAAUCUUAUCAUUCAAAGUUUGUCAUGUCACACAUCCCAAUAGCAUAGAAAACAGAUACUACUAGAGAGACUUUAAAAAAUAGUUUCCGUUCCCUCAAAACCUAGUUCAAUAGUUAGUUCGAGAGGGUAGAAUUGAAAAUCAGACUCGAGUGUUCCAGUAGUGGUAGAGAAGAAUAUAUAGACAAAGACAAAUAUGGGUGAUAGGACCAAAAGGAAAUUUGAUGUAAUGCUAGACAUGAUGGCACAUUUUCUCAUGAAGACAGAUGUGGUGUUGAGAUUGACCAUCAACAAAUGACUUAUUGCAUGACAUCAAGGGAGAGAUAGGUCUUAGAAUCUUUUGGAAAUAGAUGGAAUUUUCACAGUUGUUGAGUAGCGUUCUUGGAACUUUUUCAGUAUUAUUGACCUUGAUUGGAUCAAUUUUAAUUUAUCUGAAUCACAAUCCAAUGUACAAGAGUGACUACUGAGAAAAGUCACACUUCAUAUUCAUAAUCUUUUGAUUCUUUUUAUAACACUCCCUGCAAAUAUCAACUUCAUGUUCUAUAGAGAACGAGUAUGUUAUUCGAGAAUGCUUGAUGAUGAAGUAACAUAGGAAAGGUUGGAGGACUUGAUAAUCUUGAUGAAGGUGGUGGAAUGCUAGAUAUUUCAAAGGGAAGUGCUAAGUUCCAUCCAUGCAAGAGUUGUUUGGUCAUAAAGGUAGUUUCCCGAGCUUAUUAAUUUCUUCAAUAUUUAUGAUACCUAGACUUCAAACCAUUUUGAAUGUAUUUGCCUUGUGUACCAAAAAAUGUACCUAGUUGGAGCCCAAGACUUAAGGCCAAUGUUAUAAAAAAGGACAAAGAUCUAUUACAAAUUUAAGUGUUAUUUAAUGAGAUAGAACUACUUGAAGUCUUAUAGGCAGAAGACAAGUAUAAAUAGUAUGCAACCAUACAAAUGGUCAUGGUGAGUCAAGGGCAGUUCGACAAGGCUAAAAUUAAGGUAGUCAUCAACAACAAGUCAAGCUCCUUUUCCCAUUGUGUGCAUUUUCCAAGCUUGAUUUUUUAUAACCACCUAGGUACAAAGUGGUAGUCAGAUCCUUACAAUUCCAUUUCUUGUGCUUUACUUUUUUGCCAGGCCAUUUCACCCUCUAAAUUUCUCAAAUUAACCUACCAAAAAGUAUUAUGUGGUUUGGUUGUCUUUUAUGUUCGUGGUUCCAUAUGCCUCACAACAUGUCACCACAACCUCCUUAAUUGAUAAUUUUCCUCUCAUGCUCAACUUUGCUAGCAAGUUUUCCUUUUGCCACAAGUAGUUGUGUUUUGGGGACUAGAAGAAAAUAAGAAUCAAUGAUAUUGCCACCUAUUCCUUUACCUAUAAUGUCGAGCCGGGUUCUUAUAAUGAUUUCUAUGGUGCUCUUUAUUGUACCAACUAUAGUCAUGUUAACCUAAGAAUUAAUGUUGCUUUGAUUAAAACUCUCAACUUGGAGAGUAGCAUUCAAUUGGUAACAAUAUAAAUUUAAACAACAUUAGGCAUCUGAUAUUGGAGGAAUUUAUGGUUUGAAGUUCGAGGAAUUUAUGGUUGACCUUUUGAAUUAUAUGCAAAGCUAGCAAGAAUGCAUUUGAUCAUCUGGUGCAAAUUGAAAAAUAUUUGCAACACCUUAUCAAGACAAUCAAUAAUACUCUUUUAUAUACCAUCAAGAAAAGGUAUGUUGAUCUCUUGCAUGAGGGUAUGGAGUCUUGGCCUUCAGCGAUAAGACAAGUCAUUAAGUCUGAGAGCUCAAGAGAUGUACAACCUAGGGCUUGGAUUGGAAUGUGCCUAUAUUUAGGCCUAAAAAAACACACUUAUUCUUCGACUGGCCUUGCACUAAUGGAUGAGGGAGAGUUCUCUGCCAUAAACUUUAGCAUGCCAUAUUGGUCCUAUGCAUUUCUGGAGGAGUGAAAUGAUGUAGGAACAAUCUACAAAGUAUGCACUAUCAACCAAAGUACCUACUCUUGAUAAUAUUGCUAUAACCAUGUUUAUGAAAUUCUUUAAAUUGUGCAAAUACUACAGUUGCUUUGUGUUGGAGUUAUUUGUUCAACUUAACAAGCCCAUUAAUCACUUGCAAACAAAACACCUAUCACAAAUGGAUCAAGCAAGAUCAAUUUUCUCAACAACCUGAGAACUGUAUUGAUGCACAAAAGAUUUAAUAAUACAAAUGAAUACAAUGAAUGAUCAUCGAAAGGAUAAAGAAUCCCUAGACUAAACUCUAGAGCAAGAUUAAAUUAACUAGUGCCAAGUGUCACAAUUAUAAUGAAUGAGACAACAUAAGCUAUUAUUCUCGUAAUCUAAUAGAAGAUAAAGAGCACCAAAGUUUAGCUUAAAUGAGUAAGGUAAUAAAGUACCUAAUUAUAUAAUUAAUUAAAUAGCCGCAAUUACUUCAACAUCCUCCCUUAAGAUUUACUUAGGGGUAAGCUACAGUGCUAAUGAUGAGUGCAUGAAUGCAAGUAUGAAUGAAUCCUAACAACAAGGCUUGAUUUAGGUACCCAUGUACAAACCAAUGUAGAAUCUCACAAUUGGAGAAAAGGAGAAAAAUCUUGUGGGAAAAAAUGCCUCCCCAAAAGAGAGAAAAGAAAUAGAAAAUAUUACAUGUGACUAAGCAUGAAGGAUUCAAUAUGUGUCCCCAAGUACUGAAUCGGUCACAUAUGUACAAUCAAUAUUCGCCCCGUAGGAGAGAAAGGAAGAGACGUUGUAUCCUCCCAUGAUGAAGAAGCUCCAUUGUCAAAAGUGAAUGCUCAAAGACAAAUGUUGUGAAGUUCUAGGAGCGGCAAACUACAUCCCUCCUCUUAGGAAGAAACAUAUCCAAUAGCCAAGAUAGAAGCAGCUCCAUGAAAGGAUAUGGAAAGAAUAGUCUCAUAAUGUUUACCAUGGAAGACUGCUUAAUUUUCCACAUGUUUGAAUCAGGAUUUGCGAAAUCAACUAAAGAAAAUCCAAACAAUUGCGAAGAUACCUAAUGGACAACCUCAGAAGGCAUUGAUGAAAAUGAGAUGACAAAAAUGCUGAAGUUGCCAUCAAAGAGGAAUGGAAUAUCCUUUAGUCAUGUCCCCAAUAUUUGUAGUGUGAGAUGUAACAAAUAACCCUGAAAUAUCUAGCAAGUACUCAUCCCACAAUGCUAAAAUUGGAAGGGAACAAUGAUCUCGUUGAACUGAAUUGAACUCUGAAGAAGCAGGGGGUGUUGGAGGAGGCUGAACACAAUUCUCAAGAAUUGAGGUGGAUGGCUGAAGCACACAUAGGUUCAAGUCUCGUAUAUUUGAUCCACUCUAGAUGCAUGAGAUUGAUGACCAGCCAAUGGAACUUCAAGCUUGGUGGGAGCAAAAUGAGAGGACUCAAAAUAAUCAUGAUGCAUGAUUAGCAUUGCAAACUGCAAUAAGCUCUCUACUAUGCAGAUCUUUGAUGAACAUUGAAUUAGGGUUGAACUCGAUUGUCUUGCUUGUUGCACUAUGAGCGAUAUGGUAGACGGAAAGGAGGUUGGAAGAUAAUGAAGGGACACAAAGGACAUCAUUGAAUGUGCCAUCAUGAACCUUGAUAGACCCACUCCUAGUAGCACUCAUGUAAGUGUUUUUACCCAUCAAAAUAUAUGGAAAAGUAUGAUGCUAGAAAGAAGAGAACAUACCCAUGGAUGAUGCCAUAUGAUGAGAUGCUCCAGAAUCAAGAUGCCACCUAUUGGAACUAAAUGUGUGUUGAUGCAAAGAGAGCAUGACCUUUAAUCUUGUCUUUAUACUUGCCAUAGAUGAUAACCUGGAACGUGUAGGUCCUAAAGUGGUAGAAGAGGGUGAACUAGAUGAAGGUGGCUGAAUAUUGUGCAUCUAUAGAAGAUCCUUAAACUCAUCUAUUUGCUUUGCAUAACAACGGUGCUCAUCAUGUCUUGUCUUGGUGCAAUAUGCACACUUUGGCAUGUGCUUCCUAGAUGAAAACCUUCCGGAAGAGGAAUAGAAUAUGAGUCCUGUCCAUCGGAAUCUGUAGAAGAUUGAGAAUAUGUGUGUCUCUGUUUCUUCUUUUGUUUCCUCAUAGAUGACAAUGCAACUGAAACUUCUGAUUUGGAACCCAAAAGUGAAUCAAGAAGUGUCAACUUGGCCUAUUCUCGUGUCUGGCAUUCGUAAAACAUCUCAAAUGAAGGAAGAAUGAAGGUUGCACCCAAUGCAUCCAUGGUGGAAUAAAAUGUGGAAGGAAAGACCUAAAAGAGGCCUCGAAGAUUUGAUAGAAUGAGAAUACAUACUCUUUGUCAGUCUUGUCCUUGCCACAAACUUGUAAAAGGGAUAUGAUAGACUUGAAUUUCUUUGGAUAGUCCUCAAUGGAGGAGAAGGAUGUCAUAACCCCUUUUGGACAUUGGAUUAUUGUGAUUAAAUAAAUACGAUAAUUAAAACAUUUAUU